AUGGAUCUUCAAAACCUCGAUGCAGCCCUUACAUACAUAAUAUGCGAGACCUUCUGUCUCCAUUGCCACGACGAGUUUGAGUAUCACCGGGAAUUUCCCAAUGUAUGCUCCGCAGAAGACACCGAUGCGAAAACCCUUCGAUACGCCCUCGUUAGUCUCUCCACGGUCUGUAAAAGCUGGGGUUAUAUAGCACUGAAAACACUCCACCACCAUUUUGGCUUUUCUGAAGCAAAUCCAGAAGCUGAGAUUUUGUUCUGUAGGACUCUCUGCGAGAACCCAGAAUUAGCCAAGCAAGUCAAACAGGCUAGGUUGAGGCAUAUCUCUUCAACUGACACUCGCGUUGAGGGAGACUGGCUGCUCAAGUCUUUGGACAAAUUUUCCAACAUUCUUGAUAUCCAGGGAACAGACUUCAAUAUCGUAAAAUGGGGACAGUUUAUCGGAGCACUUAUCCUCCUUCAAAUACUGAACCUCGAGUUUCUCGAGACAAUAGCUAAAGAUUUAUAUCAGAUAAUCGAUAAGUUCAAAAAACCCCUCCCUCUCCACAGAGUCCACUUCCCUCAGCGACUGAAGAGCUUGGAUAUUAAGAAUAAGCUGGCCAACCAAACUGGAUUUCACAAUCCCCUCGAUCUAUCUGAAGGUUCUAUUGGAGGAUUGAUGUCAGCACUUCCAAACCUCCAGCAUGUGGAACUUAUGAAUCCCUCUCGUCGAACCCUACGAGAUCCACGACAGCUUCAUAAUAUCCGCCAUAUUGCCCCUCGAAGCGUGGUAUUAGGCCGAGAAGAACUUCGAGUCUUGGUUUCUGCUACAGGACCGCUAGAAUCCUUUCUUUACCAGGGUGCUUCUUGCCAUGGAGCCGAGUAUUCUUCUAUCCAAGAUAUUUGCGAAGUCCUGGCUCUCAGGAAGAAUACCUUAAAAGAGCUAACUACGGCGACGUCUUUCCCAGCAGAUAACUUUACUGCAGGAGCACGACUUAUCAACGUUCAUUAUAUGCGCAUGGCUCUUGAAGACAUCUGCUUUCCUGCGCCUGGUAUCGCUGUCCAGGACGAUCAGAUAUUAUACAUUGGUAAAUUUCUGGUCUACAUGUACUCUGACCGGGAAACGAUGGAGCAUUCGCCCAACUCCAUACAUAAUUCAGCCUGGGAAUUGAUCCAGAAGAAAUGCGGAGACGUUUUAAAGCAUGGACAUGUAGUCCUUCGGCCAUUCUGGCGUGAUGACGAGGAUGAGGAUGGAUGA